UGCUUGUCGUUAGAUGGCGCGCGUCGAUGAAGUAGCUGGUGCCAGAUUCAUUGUGAAUUGGAGGAGGAGAGUCAAGAAGUAUUGAAUUGCAGACGAAAGUGUUCUGCUAUCCUCUGUAGGUGUAUCUUCUCACGUCGUCUUCCCAUCUUCUUCAGUUUUCCUUUCGGUUGGAUACUCGUUAACAUGUAGAAACUCUUGAAUCAUGGCAUGGAACGUGGAUUUUCGCGCCAUAACUUUGUUGAGAACUUUGCAGACGAUAAUUAUUAUAAUUCCUGUAUUGUGGAUACAGAGUGAAGUUCAAGCGGCUUCAUUUUACGGAGCAAGCUACUUGAAAGUUCCCUUGCAAGACGCCCAAAGCACAACUAACAUUUAUUUUAAAUUUCGCACUUACAGAGCAAGCGCAUUUCUUUUCUUGGCAGCUGGUUCUAGUGAUUAUUGUUUAAUAGUCUUGGAAAAUGGAAAAAUACAGGUGCGGAUCAAUCUCGGAGCUGGAGAAGCUGUUCUUACUUCCAAAUCUGGUCUUAUCUUGAACGAUCUAGUUUGGCACGAGUUGGAGUUGCACCGCAAGGAUGCGGAACUCAUCCUUGUCAUCGACGGACUCCACAAUACUGACCUUGACAUCCCAGGACGCUUUUUCGAGUUGAAUGUCAAGUACGGAGUUUUUGUUGGUGGGGUUGGCGGCUUCAACGAACUGUUUCUCGGCAACAUCCCCAAUUUCCGAGGCUGCGUUGACGAUGUCAUAUUCAACAGCCACGAUAUACUAAAGAUUGCAGCAGCCAUGUCCGAUGAACACAAUGUCUUUGCCGUUACCUGGAACUGCAGUGAUGAGUUUGAUGCUCUCUCCAACCAGCCUAUCAGUUUUUUAGAAAAAGAUUCAUUUCUGGCUCUACCACCUUGGAAUGCAAGAAACGGUGGUUCUGUUUCCCUUGAUGUCAAAACACAAACCCAUACUGCCGUUUUGUUUUACAAUGCUGGAGUGCCUUUAAAAUCUGAUUUCAUUUCAUUGGAGAUACUAGAAGGCAAAGCUGCCAUAUCUGUAAAUGAAGGGAAUGGCGCCGUGGUCCUGAGUUCGGACAUCACAAUAAGUGAUGGAUUAUGGCAUCACAUCGAAGUUCAAUUCAGUCCAUCUUACAUUGAAAUCGUUGUGGACGGACAUGCAAAGAAUCUAAGACCAGGUCUUGGUGACAAUAGAUUUUUUGAUCUCGCUGGUUUGUUUUACAUUGGAGGCAUUGAACUGAACAAACAAGCACAUGCUUUUCAGUUCGGACUCCAAUCGAUUUUGCUGGAAGGUUCUGAACUGUCUCUGAAGGGUUGCAUGAAAAAUAUCAAAAUAAAUAAUCAGUUGGUAGGAUUUAGGGAAGCCGAGGUGACGCAUGGACUUCAGCCGGACUGCUCUUGGGAAUACAUGUGUCUCCAAGAACCAUGUGUGCCAGAAGCCGAGUGUUAUCAAGAUGGAGUUGAUAGUUUCAGGUGUAUAUGUGAGCUUGAUAACUGCGUUAGGACAAAUUUUUCUUCUGCUUAUAAACUUUAUGCCAAGUCUUCCAAACCUAUAGAUUUAGAAAUUCUCAAUCUACAGCCUCUUGUGAUAUCCGAAGGUGGUAGCGAUUUAAUUACAUCUAAUCACAUACGAGUGAUAUUGGACUAUAGAAAAUAUGGGAUUAGAGAAUCCGGUGUUCUGUUUCACAUAAUCGAACCCCCUAAAUAUGGAAAUCUAGAAAUCGAAAUCUAUAGAGGUAUUGCAGAUAGCAUUUUUACUCUCUCUGAUUUGAAUACAGAUAAAGUGAGAUACUCUCAUGAUGGUUCCGAAACAAAGACUGAUUCCGUCGUAUUUGAUUUGGAGUUCCGAGCCGGAACGUUCAGACUUCUUUCUCACUUAGAAGAGAAACAUCGUUUCGUCUUCCAUUUUCAAAUAUUGCCGGUAAAUGACCCUCCGAAACUAAAUUUGUUACCGGGUAAGUCAUUCAGAUUAGCCAAGCAUACUAAAAAAACCAUCACUUCUAAUUUUUUAAAGGCUGAUGAUCCUGAUAAUCAGCCAAGUGAUAUAGUCUAUUCUGUUUUGAGCUUAGAUUCUUUUGAAAAUGAAGGUUAUUUUGAAAAUGCUAAGAAUCCAGGGAAAGCUGUUAAUAGUUUUACACAAGCAGAUAUCAAUGAUAAUCUCAUAAGUUUUGUUAAUCGUGGUGCUGGUAAUGUCCAUGUAACUAUACAAAUUUCUGAUGGAAUCAAGUCUGACCAGACUACUUCUACAUUUCAGAUAUCACCAUUUGAUCUGGAAAUAACAAUCAAAAAUAAUACCGGGAUCGCUCUGCCUUAUGAUUCAUCAGUCGUCAUCACCGCAGAUAAUUUGACUUUUUCCGACAAUGCUCCUGACCAAAACUUAGAAAUACGUUGUGAUAUUGUCAAAGGACCUGAGCAUGGAAGCCUUCAGCGAUUACGCAAUAAUGGCCGGUGGUACCCUAUAAACCAUUUCACGCGAAGGCAGCUUAAAAAAGAAAAACUCAGGUACCAACACACAUCUGGCAGACCCAGUAAUGAUGAUUUUAAAUUUACAAUAUCAUCUGGUGAUGUCAAAUUUCCUACUGUACACAACUUCCGCAUCACAUUUAUUACAAUAAACCUAAAACAGGUACAUAUUUCAGAAUUAUUUUUAAAUAAGAAGCAAGAAGGCUUCAUCACUCAAUCUGAAAUAAAAUUUGAAACAUAUCCUGUUUCAACAUCGACUGAUUAUAUAAUAUACGUAGUACAAACACUUCCGAAAUAUGGAAAUUUAAUUUUAUUUCAUUCUGGACUAUCAGAACUGAGACACAAGAAGUUAGAAUUAUCUUCAACGUUUACCCAAACUGAUAUUGAUCACAAGAAACUUAAGUAUAAAUUGCACAGGAAAACAUUUUCCAUUGUUGAAGAUAAGUUUAGCUUUAAAGUAUCGUGUUCUGGUGGACUUAUGUCCAACGCGAUGGACUUCAAGAUAAAACAUGACCCAGGUGAGAUUGAUGCCAUUAUCAUAAACGAAAAAGUGACUGUUUUGGAAGGGGGGACGUCAGAUAUAGGGCCGAGUGAAUUGCACAUCGAAAUACCAUCGAAAUCAGAAAUAAUUUAUAAUAUUACAACUUCGCCAAAAUAUGGUGUUCUUAAAAAGUUAAGGGUAGACCAUGCUGAAGUCGAAGAAGAUUACGUAAGUUUAGUUACAUCAACUGAAAUAUCUCAAAAUAGAUUAAUUUAUAACCAUGGUGACUCUGAAAACGAAAGAGAUUUGUUCCAUUUCAUUGCAACAGCAGCAAACGCGAGUGAUAACAAUUUCAUAUAUUACGGCACUGUUCACAUCCAUGUCAUCAUGAAAAAUGACAAUCCACCAAUAAGAGUAGUAGAUAAAGUGUUUAAUGUAGUCAUGGAUGGCGAACGAAAACUUACGGGCAUGGAUCUGAAAUACAUAGACCCUGAUAUUGAUUCAUCUCCUUCUGAUAUCAUCUAUACUCGACGCGGCAUUCCCAAUGGAGCACUAUUUCACGUCGAUGACAUGUCUACACAAGUUUAUCAAUUCACUCAAGUAGAUUUAGAUGGUGGAAAAAUAAUCUUUCGCCACAGUGGUUCUCACUAUGGUAAAUCUGUUCUACGCAUUACUGACGGAAAAUUUUAUGCGACUGGCGUUCUCGAAAUUCAAGCUUCAAGACCUUACUUAAAAAUUACGCGAAACACUGGCUUAAUCGUAAAAAGAGGCGAAAGUAGUUUGAUUUCUGCUUCGAAUUUAACUGUUGAAACAAAUCUGGAUGCCAACUCGGAUGAUAUUACUUACAAAAUUAUUUCGCCUCCAAAACACGGUGAAAUAGUUUUGAAUGGUAAGGUUAUUCAAGAAUUCACGCAAAGAGAUUUACAGCUGGAAAAUGUUGAGUACGAAAAUGACAACAGCGUGAGUUUUCAAGACUCGUUCAGCUUUUCUGCCUUUCUGGGAGACAUUACAAUUGACGGUAAAUUCGAAUUUCGUAUCUAUCCUGAAGUCUACUGGGAACCCUUAACAGUUGUCAGCAAUAAAACCUUAUACGUAGACGAGGGCCAUCUUGUCACCAUAGACUCGUCAGCUUUGAAUAUCACACAGCCCAACAUCAAUACGCACAAUAUUACCUACGUUGUUCGCACGCCACCGAAAUUUGGUUUCUUGGUGUUAGGAGAUGAGAGGGAAUUCGAGGACCGCAAAUCGGUUUUCAAAACAACACCAGCCAAACUGUUCACACAAACUUCGAUCAAUGAACGUCAGCUGCACUAUUUUCACACAGAACACAACGCCUCUAAGGAUCAUUUUAUAUUUGACGUCACCAAUGGUAUCACUGCACUCAGAGACAUGAAAUUCAGCUUUAAAAUUAUUUCUAAGAUCAUUUUUUUGAGAACAAGGAAUAUCACGGUAGUAGAAGGCAGUGAAGUCCCUCUAAAAAGUAACGACAUUCAAGUCACCAACCCUUACUACGAAGACUGGAUCACGGAGUAUCUGGUGAUUGAAAGACCACAGCAUGGAUACAUAUCCUCUUCUAAGAACGCCAGGUCAAAAGUGUCCAGGUUUUCUGUCCAAGAUCUUAAGAGCGGGUUCAUCCAUUACACUCAUGACGGCUCGGAAACUUCACGAGAUUGGUUUACUCUCGUUGCAAAUGCCACAGUCUUGAACAAAGAGAGUUCGCCAAGCACGGUUCAUGUUUUUGUGGAACCUGUCAACGAUGAAACGCCGCACAUGGUGAACAACACCGGAUUAGAUGUGUGGGAAGGGGAUAUCACUGUUAUAACGAACCGCCACCUCGCUGCUACUGAUGAGGACUCUGAUCCGACGGAAAUCACGUUUGUGAUAUCAUCUCCGAGCAAUGGAUACGUGGCCUUAAAAAAUGACACCAGGACGUCUAUUUUAAGCUUUACUCAAGAUCUGAUUGAUCGUGGAAUGAUUACUUUUGUCCAUACAGGCGAUAAGGCCGGAGGAUUCAAACUACAAGUGAAUGACGGCGUUAACUUUGACUCUCCUCAUGUAUUUACAAUAACAGCUCGCGUGCUUCAAAUCAUAAUGGCAACAAACGAAAAACUAGGCAUACUGCCGCGAAUGCAACAGUCAAUCACGAAAGAUCAUCUGUUUGUCACCACAAAUGAUCACGAUUUAACGAGAGUUAUUGCCUUCAAAGUAACAGGAGGACCAGACCUGGGAAGGCUAUUGGUUGAAAAUCCAGAUGGUUCCCUAAGUCAAAUUACUGAAUUCACCCAAGAACAGAUUAACAAGAACCUCGUAUUGUACGAACACAAUAAGCAAAUGAUUGGUUUGAAAGCCACAGAUAAAUUCAUUUUUAACAUCGAAACGCAAAAUGCUCAAACAAUGAAAGACGUUGAAUUUAACGUUGAGAUAUCUGUUGGAAAUUUUGGAUCUGGAAGCCUCGAUCAGUUGGUAGUACUUCAUACUCUAGAAGUGAAAGAAGGUGGCAUGGCUGUCAUUGGACAAGAACACGUUGAUAUGUCGAGACUUUUUAGUUUGUGGCAAGGAAAAGGGAAAAGCGAAUUCGCUAAGAAAUUGAAGAUUAUAGUUCAUACCCCUCCAAUCAAUGGCUGGUUAGAAACUGAAGAAGGUAACUCCAGUUUUGUGAGUAAACUCUCUUUUAAUAGAGAAGAUAUUAGAAAAAAGAGAGUUCGCUAUCAUCACGAUGAUUCUGAUACAUUUAAUGACGGUUUCAACAUUGGAUUUUACCUUUUAGAUGACAAGGGACAACCAGACAUUCUUCUUUUCAAUGGUACUUUAAAUAUUACAGUAUAUCCCAUUAACGACAACGCUUUUGUUUUAUUAACUCCAACAGCCAGAGUUGAAAUAGUACAAGGACAGUCAGUUGCAUUGACAUCUAGCAUUUUUAAUGUUUCGGACGCUGAUGGUGUCCCCAAAGACAUCACCUAUGAAGUUCUCAAAUCUCCUGCAUCUGGCAAACUUAUAAUGGGCAAUAUUUCAGUCAAUAACUUCACUCAAGAAGAAAUAAACAAUAAUAUGAUAUUGUACGUGCAUGACGGUACCAAAGAAAACAGAAGCGAAUUUCAUUUUAAAGUUAGUGACGGAAAACUCAAGCAAGAAUAUGCGGUAUUGGAUAUCACCAUAGUUCCUAUAAAAUUGCAUUUAGUAAAUACAAGUGCCAUUGAAAUUCAACAAGGUUCUAUAGCUGUUUUUCUCGGCAAUGAGAACGUAGGUGCUGUUACCAACGCAAACAACGAAGAAAUAUGGUACAACAUAACUACCUUGCCUUCGCAUGGUCACAUUUUCGUUAACGAUGACAGUUUAAGGUUCUUCCGACAGACAGACAUCGACAACAAUUUGGUAUUUUAUAUGCAGUCUGAUAUCACAGCAUCCGAAGAUUAUUUUAUAGUGACCAUUCAAAGUGGAACGAAUGUUAUUCGAGAUAAAAUUGUCAACAUAACCGUUAUUCCCCAAAUCGAGCAGAAAAGCUUUUCUGUUAGUGCUUCAGGCGUUACGUGGAUUACUUUGGAUUUCUUAAAUGCUACUAAACUGGCUCAGCAAUCAAAAAGCAAUCCUAAAUAUGUUAUUUUUAAACUGCCAAAAUACGGGGUGUUGAAAAAAUCGAAUAGUAAGAAAACGAAACGUGCUAUAGCGAAGAGCUUUGAUUUCACUCACGAGGAUUUGGUUAAGAAAAAAAUAUCUUACAUUGGAAAGGACAUGGAAUUAAAAAAUGCAGUAACUGAUAGUUUCGAAUAUGUUUUAACCGCUGCUCGUGUUCAACCUGCGAAGGGUAAGUUUGUUUUUACUGUUCAACCAUCCCAAGCCCAAAUAUCUACCCAUGCAUACUCUAUCAAUUUCUUUUCUUCAUCCUUGGCACCUUUGUCACGUUACGUUACGACUAUCUCCCCUAAUUUAACAACUGGAAUAUCAGAAACAUCAAGCGGCGGUGUUUAUCAACCAAGUAUCAGCAAUGACCAUCUAUUGGUAGCGGGUAUUGUAUUGGGCUUAGUCAUUGUCAUCCUUGUAAUAAUCAUCAUCGUCAAGUGUCGAACUGUCAGACGAGAGAAGGCAAAAGAAAGAGCAGGAGGACAACCUUGCUUUGGUCAUAGACAUGGUAAAAACAAAACAGUGGUAGGAUCCCAGACCGCUCAGUCAAACCUUGACUUGUCGGAUCAUAAUGCUUCCAAUAACAGUUUGUCUCUAUCAGACGAUAUUCCCCCUCCACCACCUCCACCAACUUCCCCUUCAAGCAGAAGCAGCCCUAUAGGUUGCAUAGGGGGUAGCUCUGGUGUAAAAAAUAGAUCCUUGCGAAAGAGAGGUAAGUGUUUGGACAUAGAACCCUCGUUACCACCACCGCCAUAUAUUCUGGAGAACGGGGAAUGGACAGAAAUAUCUGUUCCCGUUCCGACCUGUAAAGUAACCCCUCUUUCGCACAGUGAUCGAGAUGAUCUAAAUGAAACAACCCUAAAAGGACCUUAUCUUUUAAGUGAUCCCAGUGAGGAAGAAGACUGGAGCAACUAUGAAGGUUCUGAGCUGAGAUUCGGCCCUCCCUGUAAUCCUGUUCUAAGGAAGAACCAGUAUUGGGUAUGACGCACAAUCAAAUUAGAAACUCAAUUAUAAAUUGUUUUCUAAUUGAAAUAUUAUAUUUCUUACUCAAGAAAGAAACUAUAUUGAAAUUUUCACUAAGUGGCCAAACUGAAUUCACAAGGUACAAGAAAUUACAAAAUUGUUUACUAUCCACACUGAUUUCUGGUAAAAUUACCACACUAUAGGGCACUGAUAUUUCUAGUAAUAUAUGCUUUAAUGGUAUAUGAUAAUAUGGUGUUUUAAUCAUUCAUUUGGUAAUUUUUCCGUUCAUAUGGUAACGGUUUACAAGAAAUUCUGGUUUUCAAAAUUAUAGUUCCUAUUACCAGAUAUUUAGUGAAAAAUACAAAACUGAAAAGUAAAGUUAACCGAAUAAAUGGUUUGUAAGCCAUACUCUAAGGCAGCAGUUCCUAAAUAGUGCUCCGUGGAUUCCUAGGAUUUCGUGCAAAAGUUCA